AUGGACAAUUCCCCAAUGAGAAUUCUUCCCGACACGUGUUUGCGUGAAAUAUUCGAUCGUGUCACCUCCAUCAGAGACAAAUUCACCCUGGAACUGGUGUGCAAACGGUGGAGGGACAAUGGACGUCGUUGUUGGUCGACAAUUACCUCGAUUGACGCGAAAGAUUGGCAAAUCGAUACAUGGAGGGUGAUCCUUAUCCGGGCAGGACACUUAACUCACUUGAAGCUGCACAUGGAAAAGUCGAAGAGUCAGGACUACCUCAGGGCGGUAAAAAAAUACUGCACUCGUCUCAAAAGACUCCAAUGUGUCUUUGUCUUCGAUGAUGUUGAGGGGAUGCUGCCCUAUCUCAGCAGAAUACUCCAGAGGAAUCAGAAUUUACGUUAUCUGAAUUUGAAUUGCAACGGUCUGACGAAUUUUAAUAUGAACUUCACCAAACAUCUGCCUGAUAGAUUGGAAGAAAUUCAACUUCGAUUCGAUUCACCGCAUUUCAUUCCGGGGAUGAUCGUUCUCUCGAAAUUUUCAAAUUUACGAGCCCUCACACUCCAGUGGGCGAGUCUCGCUGACCAUCAGCUGGAUUACGUGAGGAAUUUAGAGGAACUGACGUUAAUAAAAUGCCAUGCAACGGAAUUUGGGGUUGAAGCACUCCUCAGCAACAACUGCAACCUGAAAUAUUUAAAUCUCGUCUCGAUGAAGCUGACUCCGACCUCGUUACUGUCCAUCCAGCAGUUACCAAGACUCCAAGUCUUCGUAAUUCAGGCAAGAGAAUUUACUGAUCUUCACUUGAGUGAAAUGACACAGCUGAAGGGUCUGUUCUGUCGUGCCUGUAUCUCCAUAACUGAUCAAGGAUUUCGAAACUUCUUCAGUUAUGCAUCUGACAUCAGGGAGCUUCGAAUCGAAAAUUGUGUUUUAGUCACGAAAAACGCGACUGUACUGAGUGCGAGGAAGUACACAGAAUCCUCCGGACAUUCCCUGAAGCUGUCCAUAGAUCCAUUAUUCGUGGAUGAGUAUUUGGGAUCAGAGAGCGAUGAAGAUGAUACCGACAAAUUCCAGAUCUUCUACAACAGUUUUGAUACGUUUUGGAAUGAGAACUGGGGCCGACACCUCGUAGAUUAGAAUAAGUCGUUCAUUAUAUAGUUUUUUUUCUAAUAAAUGAGCAAUUUGCAUUUGAAUGGAUUGAAUACUGAGACAAUAAGAUGCUCUGAAUUUGGAGCCAUGAAAAAUAAUGAUUUUUGUACCCUAGAGAAAAUUGUAUUCGUGUGUAGAUAACCGACAGGUGAUUCCUUUACGAAAAAUGAACUAAAUCUAUCGUUUGUACUCAACUUGAAAUGUGUCGUUAUUU